AUGAGAGUGACUUGCCCCCACAAAAAAGAACUUCUUUCGCCAUGACACAACAUCGCAACUCGAUCUCGUCCAAGUACAAGCUAUGGCUCCUGCGCUAGCUAUCUCAUCCCCACUCCCAGCCAGCCAGCCAGUGCGUUGCAUUCUUCUUCUUCUUCUUCUUCUUCUUCUCCUCCUCCUCUGGUCGAGUAUUUUGGCCUCUUGAGCAAUGCACUGAUACCCAGAUAAGCCAAGCCUGUAUUUAUUAAUUUAUUACAUCAAUUAUUUUAUCUAUCGAUCCUAUAUUUAUCUCGUGUCCAUGGAGCCCUACGGCGGCUCCUCGCGGCGACCCAGCACGGCGGCGACGGCCUCCCGUGCCAGCUCCGGCGCCUUCGUCUACGACGGCAUGCGCGCGAUGCCGCUGUCCACGUCCGCGGCCAACUUCACUCGCUCCCUCCGCAAGGCGGCCUCCUUCGCCCACAAGAAGCCACCGCCCAGCACCGACGUGCCGCCGCCGCGGCGCACGCUGAGCAGCAAGGAGAACAGCGGCAGUGCCAGGGCGGCGCCGACGACGGACGCGCACGCGCUCUUGAUGCAGCCGCGCCGGUCCAUGCCUGGGCCCGGAGCCGCCGCGAGGGGUCCCUGGGAGCCGCCGAGGAGGAGGCGGAGCAGUAACAGCACCGGGACGACGACCGACGACGCGGGUGCCGGGAAGUGGUCGGCGGGCGCGCUGCGGGAGGUGAUGGCGCCGCGCAGGAAGGAGGAGCCCGAGAAGGAGGAGGCCGCGCACCGCGCGCGCAUGCUGACGGCGCGGCUGCUGCAGUGGCGGUUCGCCAACGCGCGCAUGGAGAGGGCCAUGGCACGCGCCACCUCCGCCGCCGAGAACAAGCUGUUCUACACGUGGCUGCGCGUGGCGGAGCUGCGCAACAUCCAGGCGGCCAAGCGGAUCGUGGCGCAGCGGCGGCGGCAGAAGCUAAAGCUGGCCCGCCUGCUGCGCCCGCAGCUCCCGCUGCUGGCGUCGUGGGAGUCCCUCUCCAAGCCGCACGCCGACGCCACGGCCGACCUCGGCCGCGUCCUCUCCGCCGCCUGCACCGGCCUCCCCCUGGCCGCCGGCGCGCGGACCGACGCCGAGUCGCUGCGCGAGGCCGUGUCCUCAUGCGCGGGCACCGUCGACGAGAUCGAGGCCAUGAUCGGCACGUUCCACGCCACGGUACGCGCGAGCGCAUCUCGCCGGCACGACGAGCGGCGCGCUGGGCGAGCUCGCGCGGACGAUCCAGCAGGAGGUGGAGUGCCUGGAGGAAGCGACGCGGCUGUCGAGCAUCGUCACCGGCUUGCAGAUGCAGGAGCUGAGCCUCCGAGCGAAUCUGAUCCAGGCGAGGCAGAGGCUCGCCGGCAUGUGGUCGGGAAGAUCGGGGCCGGCCGUCCUCGCCGCGCCGGCGUUCGCAGCUUCCGGUUGGUGUUUUUGAUCAUCAGACCGGACACGAACAGAAGCAGGGAGUGCAACUACUCACCCCCUGCCACCCACUUUAAUUAAUUAAGAAAAUUGAUUAAGGCGCGAGACUUGUGUUCGUCGCCAAGGGAGGACAGCUGAUUCGACGCGUGGUUACUUUGUGUGCGCGUGACUGGAAAUAAGUUAAGCGGUAGUUGAUGAACGCGGAGGGGCGCACCGUGCGCGUGUUCCCCGGCCGGGUGUGCUAGUUUGUUUAUCGGGGGGUAUAUAUGUAUCUUCCAUGAGGUAUUUAUUCAUUUCUAUCAAGGCGACCAUUUGUGGUGUAUUGGGUGUGUGCAUAUUUGUUUGUGAUUGUGAUUUGAGUUACUCACGGGUAUUUGUGUGUAUGUGUUCAAAACUUGUAAUUUGAGUUAUCAAGGAUUUAUGCAUAUUUAUUUAUGCACCGCUGUUGGGAACAACUGAACAAUGAGCUGGUAUCUACAGUAAUAACUAAUAAAAUGUUUUUAUCA